AAUUUUCGUCACUUCCGCUAGCAAAAGCAUGGUUAUGCUAUUCCUAUGUGACGAUGGGAUGCCGCGUUUUUGACAGUGAUGUCUCUUUAGUUUGUGUUCGCAGCUUCCAAGUGUUAUGACAAUCAACCCGCGACUCGUUGCAAGUUCCGCAUUGUAGUAAGCGCUUUCGGCAUCAUCGGACUCAAUUUUGACAAGUUGAAGCCGCUCGGAGUGUGCGACCCGCCAAAAAGCAACAAGGUCCGUGAGCCAUUUUUUUCAGUCAUCGUCCCUUGAGCGACAAUGAGUGGCGGCUUCAACUUCGGGCAGCCCUCCACGGGCUUUUCUUUCGGGGCCGCGAAGACCACGGCUACAGCGGCGCCCACCUUCGGCCUGACAACUUCCACCCCCGCAGCCACCGUAGGCAGCGGCGGCUUCACUUUCGGCUCGGCCCCUCAAACCGGCGCCAGUAGUAACCCGACCGGCGGUUUUAGCUUCGGCACCCCAGCGAAGAGUGGCUCUGCCGGCGGGAGCCUCGCUUUCGGUACCCCCACGACCACCACGUUUAGCCUAGGUUCCACUCCUCAAGCCGCUCCGGCUGCAGGUCUGACGCUGGGCACCAGUGCGGCUCCGACUUCAACGGCGUCGUCUGGCUUCAGCCUGGGUUCUGGGUCGACCGCUUCUACAGGCUUCUCAUUCGGGGCCCAAACCCAACCUCCAGCUCAAACCCAACCGGCAGCAGCAGCUCCUGCAGCCGCUCCAGCACCCACUACCACCGCAUCAGGAGGCCUGUCAUUUGGGGGCUUCAGUUUUGGUAGUAACAAAGUCCAAGUCGCCCCAACGGCAACCACAGCAAGUGCCACAGGGGGCGGCUUCUCCUUUGGGUCAAAUGCUGCCCCAAUUCUCACACUUGGUACCCAGGCCACUACCACCACUGCAGCCACAGCUCCACAGGGUGGAGGUUUCACCUUAGGAAUUAAACCCUCAACAACCCCAGCUCCUCCUGCAGUGACCCAAGCAGCUCCAUCUUUGUUCUCAGCCCCAACAACGACAACAGCUGCCGCCCCCACUACAGGUUUCAGUUUUGGUGCCGCGCCAAUUCAAGCCGCAGCACCGACUGCAACAACCACCGCCAGCGGGGGUCUGUCCUUCACGCUUAAACCUCUCGGAACGGUGACUUCCAGCACUGCCCCGGCUUCCGCCGCGCCGGCUACCACCACUACGGCGGGUUUCUCGCUGGGGCUCAAACCAUCAUCCGGCACGAGCGUCAUUACCACGACCUCGACUGCGGUGGCUCCGAUCGUCACCGCCGCUCCUGCCGUGAUGACCUACGCCCAACUAGAGGCCCUCAUAAACAAAUGGAGCCUGGAGUUGGAAGAUCAAGAGAGACAUUUCCUCCAGCAGGCCACCCAGGUCAACGCAUGGGACCGCAUGCUGGUGGAAAAUGGCGAGAAGAUCACAUCCCUGCACAAGGAGAUGGAGAAGGUGAAGCUGGACCAGAAGAGGCUUAACCAGGAGCUGGACUUCAUCCUAUCACAGCAAAAGGAGCUGGAGGACCUGCUGUGCCCACUGGAGGAGUCUGUAAAGGAGCAGAGUGGCACCAUCUACAUGCAGAAUGCCGACGAGGAGCGUGAGCGGACAUACAAGUUGGCGGAGAAUGUGGACGCCCAGCUCAAAAGAAUGUCCCAAGAUCUGAAGGAGAUCAUCGAGCACCUAAACACAUCCAGCGGCCCGGCCGACACCAGUGACCCGCUUCAGCAGAUCUGCAAAAUCCUCAACGCUCACAUGGAUUCGCUCCAAUGGAUCGACCAGAAUUCAGUGCUGCUGCAGAGACGAGUGGAGGAGGUGUCCAAACUGUGUGACAACCAGCGCAAGGAGCAGGAAAAGACCUUCCGUUUGACCUUUGACUGAACCAAACACGUGCGUCGAAAACACUUUUCUGUGUUUAUUGAAAAAAUGUUUUUGUAUUUUUGGGCAGUCAUAAUUCUUCUCCAAAGAGUUCCCAAUAGUUGGUAAUAUUUUUUUGUCAGCUGGCAUUCAUAACAGAUCAUUCUUUUUUCAGUUUUUUUUUUAAAUAAAGUUUAAGAAAUCAUCCUUUGUCAUAUCAGUUUCAAAAUAUUGAAGGUUUAAAGAUAUUUUGGGGAAAUAAAGUGAAUGGAAAAAAAGUCUCCAUUUUCCAAAUAGACCGACUCUUGAAUUUAUUUUGCUGUUCUUGGAAGUCAUGCCAUAGAGGCGUGUAAAAAUGGCUGCUAUUGACUGUCAUAGAUUUCCGGAUUACGUGGAUCUUUGUCAAUUGCAGUAAAUGAGUUAAGUGUUAUGUCAGGAAUAUUAGGUAUAGUGUAGUCCAUGUAGAAAAAAAAAAAUGGCAGAACUUUAGAACAAGUCAGCAAAGCUGAAUUUACUAAAACAUUGUUUAUUCUACUUGACAAAUCCUGCAUAAAAAAUUAUAUUCCUGAAUCAUCAUAUUCAGGCUAAUUUGUCCCUUUAAGUUCCUCACACAAAAGAAAAUUACUUUUUCAGUGGCGAUACUACCUGGAAAAUACAAAACAAAAACAUCUUUUCACAUUGAGUCACCUGACUUCCAUUGCUGUUUUAAAAGUACUAUAAAAGUCUUUAAAUACAAAACAUGCACAUGGUCAACUAUAUCAUCUUUGCAUAGUUUUUGUUUGUUUGUACCACUCUAUCAGAUCAGUAGUUCACUUUGAAAUGGAUGCAAGCCAGGUUUAUAUAAAAGACAUCUUUGGCUCUAUUGUGACUUAUCAAAAAAUAAAUAUACAAUGUACAGAAAUAUGUACAAAAAACACAAAAAUGUGUUUUAAAGAAUACAGUGUAGAAAACUAACAAUUCCUGGUAAUCCCUUGAAAAAUAGGCCAUUUACUGGCUUCGACACUGAAUUU